AUGUUCUACGGAAAGUCGCUUCGUUUAGCGCAGGCGCUGCUCAUUGUUGCGCCCGCCUUCAUCGUUUUUGGAUACAAUCAGUCUGGACUGGGGCCUUUAGCUACACUACAGAGCUGGGUAGGUAUCUUUCCUCAGAUUGAUACCAUCAAUACCGAAGGCGCUCAGCUCGCCAAGAACUCUACUGCAAAGGGGGCUGUCAUAGCCUCUUUCCAACUCGGUGCCCUGGUCGGCGCCCUAUCAUGCACAGCACUGGGUGACCGGCUGGGCCGUCGGAAGACAAUUUUCCUUGGUGCCAUUCUUACUUUAAUUGGGCAAUUGCUUCAAACAUCUGCCUAUGGACUCGCACAGUUUGUCGUUGGACGUGUGGUUCUUGGAGUGGGUGUUGGCCAAUGGAGUGUGGCUGUACCAGUUUGGCAAUCCGAAUCCACGUCAGCCAAACACCGUGGACAACAUGUUGUUGUCGACGGAAUCUGUAUCUGCUUGGGUUAUGCAUUAUGUAACUGGAUUGAUUUUGGUCUUAGCAAGGUCGGCGGAACGCUUCAAUGGCGCAUCCCGCUCGCUGUUUCUUUCUUCUUCUCCCUUAUCGUCCUUUUCGCCGUCUUCCUCCUUCCUGAAUCCCCUCGAUGGCUCGUUCGUGUUGGCCGUAUCGAAGAAGCGACUCACAGUCUCGCUGCUUAUAAGGGUGUCUCUGUCGAAGACGAGUCUGUCCGUGUCGAGAUCGCCGGUAUUGAAACCUCACUCGAAGUCUCACUUGAUAGCGCCAAACUCCGGGAUAUCUUCAACCCCAAUAAACCCGACGAUGAACGCCUUUUAUACCGGUUCUGCCUGUGCGUUGCGCUCCAGUUCUUCCAACAGAUGUGCGGUGGCAACCUUAUCUCGACCUAUGUAUCGACCAUCUUCGAAGAAAAUCUGCAUAUGGAUAGCGACCUUGCUCGUAUCCUAUCCUCCUGCGCAAUGACAUGGAAGUUUCUGUGUAGCUUCAUCGCAUUCUUCGCUAUUGAUCGACUAGGCCGCCGCAAGAUCUUCAUGAUUAGUGGCGCAGGCAUGUCCGUCUGCAUGACUGUCCUUGCCAUCACGACCAGUUUCAAAGGCAACCAUACUGCCUCUGUUGUAUCUGCGGUUUUCAUCUUUCUCUUCAAUUCAUUCUACCCCGUCGGCUUCCUGGGCGGAAACUUUCUCUACUGUACGGAAGUUGCACCCAUGCGCCUCCGUGUCGCCAUGGCUGCUAUCUCGACUGGUAAUCAUUGGCUAUGGAAUUUUGUUGUUGUCAUGAUCACGCCCGUUGCGCUUGACACUAUUGGAUAUCAGUAUUAUAUCAUGUAUGCGGUGAUCUCCGCGUGUAUCCCGGUUGUUGUUUAUAUGUUCUACCCUGAAACCAUGAACCGCAACCUAGAGGCUCUUAACCAUGUGUUCCGGGAUGCGCCCACUACUUGGGAUAUUGUUUCUAUGGCUCGCCACUUGCCGCAGGGUGAGGCAGCGGAAGUGGAAGUCUGGAUGAAGACUGAAGAGAAGGGUGCUGUUGAGCAGAGGGAGGAUGCCUAA